AUGGUUGAACAUCUGACAUAUUGCCAUAGAUCAUCCUAUGAUACAGUUUCCAAAAUACUCAGCUGUCAUGAACCCCUGGUAACAGAAUUAUUUACCAUUAUACCAGGAAAAUUGGAAAAGCACCAAAGUCAGCCUGUGGUGUGUGUCCAGGAAGACUUCAAGGUGUUUGUGCAGGGAGACCUAAAGUUUUUUAUGGGGCUAUCAAAGACAAAAAAGCACGUCAGCAGGGCUGAUGGUGGCUCCAUGUGUGCUAAAUGUGUCCGUGACAGGGUCAAGCGUGCUUUCCUGACUGAGAAGCAGAAAAUGGUUGUGAAGGUGUUGGAAGCACAAGUUCAGAGUCAAAAAAGUAAAUAA